AUGACUGUCCUCCCCCUAACGAAAGGCCCCGCUGUUCCGGCGGCGGCACGUAGGUUUAUGCAGUAUGUCGAGGCUAGUCCCUCGCCUUUCCAUGCGACCGCCUCCAGUGUCGCUAUGCUGGAGCAGGCGGGGUUUACCAAGCUGCAUGAACACCAAAGUUGGGAUGAAAAGCUGUACUUGGGAGGCCGAUACUACUACCAGCGAAACCAGUCGUCUGUGGUCGCCUUCGUGAUCGGCAAGCAGUACCAGCCAGGAAGCGGCGUCCAUGUGGUCGGCGCGCAUACCGACUCGCCCAACCUGCGUAUUCGUCCCGUAUCCAAGCGCAGCAAGGAAGGGUACCUGCAGUGCUCUGUCGAGACCUACGGUGGUGGUCUUUGGCACACCUGGUUUGAUCGUGACUUGAGCUUGGCCGGCCGCGUAAUUGUGUCGACUAGUAAGGAUCACAACCAAUUCGAGUCGCGUUUGGUGCACAUUCGUCGUCCCCUACUACGUGUACCUACGCUAGCGAUCCACUUGAACCGAUCUGCGAACGAGGCCUUCAAGUUUAACCAGGAAGAGCAGCUUCAGCCGAUCUUCGGGCUGGCUGACCAGCUGAACCAGCCUAGCGUUUCUAGUGAUGUGCAAGCCAGCAGCGCCGUAGGCACGCCCAGCAUGGCGAGCAAACACCACCCAGCGCUCCUUCAACUCCUAGCGCACGAGUUGGAUGUGCCUGUGGACUUUAUCCAGGACUUUGAGCUCAGCUUGUUCGACACGCAGCCCCCUGCGGCCGGCGGUGUGAACAACGAAUUCAUCUUCACGCCGCGUGUGGACAACCAAAUGAGCUGCUUCUGCUCUACGGAGGCGCUCAUUGCCUCUGUAGUCGACCUGGAUGCACUGGAGAAGUCCAAGAGUAUUCGUGCCAUCGCAUUGUUUGACAACGAGGAAGUAGGCUCCGUGUCGAACCAUGGCGCGGAGAGCAACCUGCUAUGGAGCUUGAUCCAGCGCUUGGCAGGCUUGCAAGUCCCUGGUGUGCAGACCAGCGCUGUCUCGUCCACGGAGCUGGUCGAGCAAAGCCUCUCGCGCUCGUUCCUCAUUAGCUCGGACACGGCCCAUGCGGUGCAUCCCAAUUAUGCUUCGAUUCACGAAGAUCAUUUACGUCCUAAAAUGAACGCAGGUCCUGUCAUCAAGACCAAUGCCAAGCAGCGAUAUGCAUCGACAGCCAUCACAACGUUCCUUCUGCGCCGUGUAGCCCACCGUGCGGGCGUGCCCGUGCAAGAGUUCGAGGUGCGCAACGACUGUGCGUGUGGCAGUACCAUCGGACCUAUGCUCUCCAAGAAUGUACGCACGGUCGAUAUUGGCAACUCGCAGCUUAGUAUGCACUCAAUUCGCGAGGUGUGUGGCUCGCACGACAUCGACUACAAGAUCCGUCUCUUCACCGAGUUCUUCCGCUCGUUCGACGAGAUUGACACCGAGUUGUAUGUCGACUAA